AUGAUGACUAGUCAAGCAUUUAGUCAAGGAAUUCAUUUGAUUGAAAAAUCGGAUUUUAGUUUAUUACGUUUAUAUAUUGAACAAGAAGUAUCAAAUGCUAGUUUACAACAACUAGUUGAAAUAAUUCAACAGCCAAAAGAUUCAGAGACAUGUUUUUAUCCAUUUAAUAUUCCAGUUCGAUUGGAUAAAUGUUAUCAAAUUUCGGAUUCAUUUACUGAAUUUAUUAUUCAUCAACAAAGACGUGCAACAAUUUUUGCUCAACAAAUUAUUUACAAGAAUGUCAAAAGUCUUUGUAGUCAUUCGAAUCAAAUUGCUGUUCGAUUUAUUUAUGAUAAAUUACCACCACAACCUGAAUUUCGUGUGCUAUUAAAUACUUCACAAGCAGAUUUAUUAUCUCGUACACAUCCUGUUCGUCUUAGUGGUACUGUCAUUGCAUCAAGUGCUGUUUUGCCUUACAUACGUGGACUGAAGUAUGUAUGUCAUAGUAACAUGUGUCCUUUAAGUGAUCGAAAACGUCAAAAAUUUGUAUUAUUCGAUAAUGAACAUCCACAUAAUUGUAAAAUUGGAGAAACUAUUUUAUGUGAUGGUUGUGAUUUAGUUCUUCAUGAAGAUAUCAAUAAACGAUGGAUUUCUGAAAAACUUAUUAUUUCUGUUAAAAUAAAAGAACCAAAAACAUCGAUACUUUCUUCAACAUCGAAUCUUGAAUUGGAUAGUUUAUUAUCUAAUGCAUAUACCAUCAUCGUCCGUGAUGAAUAUGUUUCAUCGAUUCGUCUUGGUGGAAAAUAUACUUUUUUCUGUUAUCCAGUAAAUGAUUCUCAUUCGCAUAGAGUCAUGUUUGAAGUAUUACAUUGUGAAUUAAUUCAACCAUAUCGUCUUUCAUUACCUGAUUCUAUUCAACAUUUACAUUAUAAUUUUGCUCAUCAUCAUUCAUUUAGUUUUCUUAAUAUUUUAUCAACCCUUUUUUGUCCACAUAUUCAAUUAGCUAAAUAUUGUACACAUGUUAAAAUGGGUUUAAUACUUAGUCUUGUUUCAUCAUCACUUCAUAUACUUAUUAUUGGUAAUGAAAGUCGUGUUGCUGAUAUUCUUUGUCAAACAGCAUUAAAAUAUGCUGAAUAUGGUGUUAUACAUCGACAACAAUAUCCACUUACACUUGCAUCGAUUCCUAAAAAUAAACAUCCAUCAUUUAUUGUUUCUGCUGGUUCGAUUGCGAUUGGUGAUGAUGGAAUUACUUAUUUAGAAAGUAUCGAUAGUUUAAAUAAAGCACAAAUCAAACAACUUCAUACUACAUUUGAAACAAAAACACUCAGUAUUGAAGUGAAUAAAAGUGAAGAAGCAUCAAAAAUUGUCUAUAGUGUACCAUUUAAUAGUAACAUAUGGGCGUAUCAUGAUAGUCGUUUAUGGUUAAAUGCUGAACGAUUAACAGAACCAACAAAUGAUUUAUCACCAGCUUUAGCUGAUGCAUUUAGUUUAGUAUUACCACUUAAUGAAAUUGAAUAUGAAUAUGAAGAAACAAUUGAAGAUUAUUUGGAUUCAAAAUUAAAUAGUGAUAAUGAACAAGUACUAAUCGAUCAACGAACAAGUCAAUGGAUUGAUGAUCUUCGUAGUUUUCUUGCUUAUGUUCGAAUGAUAGAAAUGCCAUUGAGUUAUGAAGCUGAAUGUCUUUUAAAGAAAUAUUUUUGUGCAUGUCGUCGAACAAAACGUACACUCUUUUCUUAUACAGAACUUCCAGUUUCGACAACUGAUGUCUUAACACAAGUCUGUGAAGCAAUAGCUAAAUGUAAUGCACAUAUCGAAGCUACGGAUUCUGAUAUGAUCUUAGCUAUUUAUUUAUUUGAAAUUUCAACUAUGACUCGAUUAGGUUGUGAAAAUCUUGUUAAUGAACGAUAUCGAUCACCACCUGUUCUAACUGAUCCACAUUUAAUUGAUACCAUUGAACAAUCGAUGAUUUUAUUUUCUCGAGAACUUAUGUUCUUCUGUGAUGAAUAUACACCUUCUUCAACUCAAUAUUCAACAUACAAUCAACAAUCAUCAUUUAUGUAA